AGAGGAAAAGAGGCGCUGUCAUGGCCGUCACUGUGUGCUCUGACUAGGCUCUCAUGAUAGAUGUAUUAUUAAAUCUGUGCUUCCGCGUUAUUUUUUGUCGUUUUUUAAAACGGAACCUGUUCGUAAUGUGUCAAGUGGAUGAGGACUACGGCAGAGACAUUAGAUCUGCAGAUUUCCUCAGUAUUUCAAAGCAGUGUGUGAAAUGCAAGGUACACACUCCAGCUGUUCUUCUCAGAGUUGGAGAUCCUUACUGCAGGGGUUGUUUCCAUGAAUAUUUCAUUCACAAAUUUAGAGCCAUGUUGGGCAAAAACAGAAUCAUUUUUCCUGGGGAAAGGGUACUCUUGGCUGUGUCGGGAGGCCCUUCAUCAUGCUCAAUGCUUCAUCAGGUUCAGCAGGGUCUAAGUGUAAAUGCUCACAAGAAGCUCAGGUUUACACCAGGGAUUGUUUUUAUUGAUGAGGGUGCUCUAAUCGGGCGUUCCCUGGAGGAUCGACACAAGACAAACACUAACAUAAGGGUUCUGUUUGAAUCAACUGGUUUUCCUUUUCACAUUGUUCCUUUGGAACAGGUUUUAGAGCUGCCCACAUUAGUCUUAACGCGGCCCCACAUGUCCGGCUCAAACAGUGCAAGCUCAUACAAAGUGGCCGUGGGGAAGUUUGAUCAGAACAAGAGUUGUGCCAUUCAGCCUUCAUGCCAGCAGAAGGAACCAGUUGAUGUCAGUAAAGUUCACACGGUCCAACUGCAACAACUCGUUACUUCAGUGAAAACGCACACAGCCCGGGAGGAGCUGCUCAACAUGUUAAGGCAGCACUUGUUGUUGCACAUGGCUCGUAUCGAGGGAUAUAGUAAAUUGAUGCUAGGUGACAACUGCACCAGACUGGCUGUUAAGUUGUUGAGCAACAUCUCUCUGGGCCGAGGAUCACAGACAGCUCUUGACACGGGCUUUUCAGACUCUCGCUAUGGUGAUGUCAUAGCAGUGAGGCCAAUGAGGGACUACUCGGCAAAAGAAAUCGCUUACUACAACCACUUAUUUAAUGUUCCCUAUGUGUUCAUCUCAGGCCUAGACUCAAAGGCCUCGGACAAGGAUAGUAUCCAAAGACUAACAGAGAGUUUUGUGACCAAGCUUCAGACGGCGUUUCCCUCCACUGUCCGUACCAUUUACAGGACCAGUGAGAAGCUGCAGACAGCCUGUAAGGGUCCCUCUGCUGUGGAGGACAGUCCUAGGUGUGUGCUGUGCCUGUGUGCCCUGGACACUUUUGCAGAGAAUGCUUCUGCUUUCCAAGCUACACUGAUAUCAGAGCAGCUUUCACAGAACAAUCGCCCAGAUGAUUGCCUUCCAACUCUCAAAUAUGAUGCCAACAAGUCUGCUGCAAACUGCUCUGGUCAGUGUCAUGAAGAUGGAAGCUGCUCCUUGUCUUUGAGCAAAUUGGAGGCAGUGGAGCUUAAGACUCUACUGUGUUAUAGUUGUCAGUUAACCAUCAAAGAUAUGUCAUCAUUGAAACAUCUUCCUAGUUACAUUGUCUCAGAAGCCCAGAGAAGAUUGCGAAGGUCUCAGAUGAGAGCAGAGAUCAGCAAUUUCUUACUAGAUGAAACUGCUUGAACAAUAACUAUGCAAGAGUGUUCUUGUAAACUAUUAUUUAGGACUAUAAUAAUUUUGUGGUAAUAAAAAUUCAAGUCAAUCAC